AAUUAUUUCAAAUGUCACUGUUAAGUAAAUUGCAAAAACCUCACGCAAAAAAGUGUUAAAAUCAUUAUAAGAACAUAAAAACUCCCUCUUUUUGCCCCUCGUGUCCCGCUUUCCUCGGCAACUUUAUCAAGCUAUUUAUAUACGAGUUUUUCCCGAUAAGCUUUAAAAUAAAAGUUAGAAUUAAACUUCUACUUUUUGCUACACUCCAACAGCUUUAAUUUUUCAAUCUCAAGCUCAUUGUAAAACUACCUUCUUUAAUAAACUGAAAACCGUCUGAUUUAAGAAUAAAUCUAGAUUCCCUCUAUGCAAUUAAACGACCGCAAAAAUUCGCGAACAACGACAAGAGAGCCCAGCUCUGCUCGAGAGUCCGACCGAGAAAAAUCGAGAGGCACUCGUUGCCGAAGCUUUUGUUCGGCGCGACUCGUCGUGGUCGUCGUUCGCUUUUCAUGCGAGCGGAGAUGCCCGCACCGAGGUAUUUUAUCGGGCUACCGUAGUUUUAUCGACACCGCGCACGUGCAAGCUCGAUAUUACAUAAGCCCCCCCCCCCUCUCUCUCUCUCUCUCUCGCGUGCCGCUCGUUAAACUCGCGAAUAAAGCUCCGGCGUCCCUGCAGGCUACCUACGAUUAAUUAUCCCCGAGUGCUGCAGCGCUGGCCGACGCCGUUGAAUCUCGCUGUGCGAAACACAUCACGGGCUCGAGACUCUAUGGCUAUGCGGUAUGAUGGCCGCAUGUGGCUUGGUAGCUUUCGGAGAUUGGGUGUAGAACGGAAUGUUCGUUGCUGAAAGCCUCGUGGAUUCCUUGUUUACGCUUGAUUUGCUGGGACGAUAUUGUGCUGGAGAGGAACGAAUGUGAAGUAUAGUUUGUAAUUUGCUCGAGGUAAUUAAAGCUAUCGGUGGUAGCUUUUCGGACGGUUUUCGAUUCGAUGUAGAUCUUUCGGUUCAUUAGCAUUUCGAUUAAAGUUUGAAUGAAUAAUUUGCAGCUGCUGAUUUGAAUUUGAAAAAUACGCGCGCCUGAAUUCAUAACCAGAGUUCUCGAAAACUUUCGAAUGGCUUAUUAAUUAGCAUGAACAUCAGAACCUGACUUUAUAAAUUUGUAAUCAACGAUAUACAAAGCCAAACGAGAAACUUGCGAGCGGUACGUCUUGCGGAUAAUCUUAUGUCCUGCAAAAAAAUUCCUUUUAACUAAUGCAACGCGAAAGUCAGAGAGAAUAAUAAACUCGUUCUCCUCGAAAACGAUGUCACGCUCGAAUUGAAAGUUACAUAAUUCACUUCCACGAUUCGUUAAAAAAAACAACAACAGCAUCCCCAACGAUCGAAUAAAUAUUCAAAUCGAAUUUCACACCCAUCAGCCGUCGCUACCCCCUUACAACAACCCCUCUUAGUUCUCACAGCCAUUCAGACAAACGUGUCCGACAACCCUCCAUACAAAAUCGCAAUAAUUACCCCAUCAUACCAUAAUAAUACAUACUCCCCCUCAGCACAUAUACAGCCGAAGACCGCGCUGCGUUUGCGCGCGGGAAUUCAGGACAUGCGCCCGCAAUGUCGCACGCAUCGCGUCUCCCUCCACAUCCCUCUCGAGCCAGAGCGGGGCGGCAAUAUACUUGCUUCUGCCACUCGCCUUUAGUCGCUCCUGGACGCUUCGUACGUCCGCUCGUGCGCGCGCCGUCGUCGCCGCCGAGAGGGAAGUAUCAUUUUUCGCGUCUUUUUUCCCAUAUAAUCUCGGAGUGAUAACAGUGCUUUUUUUUCACCUCGAAUUCACGUGCGUCGAGGAUUGAAGCUUUUCGGGGUGCAAAGUGUUACGACAGUCGAACCGAAGAUUUUUUCCCCGCUUCUCGUAACGAACAUUACGCGCUUCGCCACUCAUCAAUAGCCGAUUAUACGAAAGUUCGGCCAGCCGGAAAUCAAGCCGCGGAAACUCAAUCAACGAGUCUCCGGCAUCGGCGCCGUAAUAUGUAAUCAUCACGUGGAUAUCCUCUCAGCAGCCACGUGGGCGCUCAUAUAACGAGCUUGUUGAUUUUUGCGCGUCAUUAUAAUUGUUCUCGUGCGCGCAAGCACAAAAGCUCGGCUAACGAGAGACCUACAUAAUACACUGGCUCACGGGCGCGCGUAAAUUUUCCCAGAAACUGCGAUUGUUUGAAACCGAUCGGCCGAGACUGUUGACCCGCGGAAGUUUCGUAUAAUGCAGUGUUCGCCGAGAGAGGGUGCGAUGCAAUUUUAGGCUGAUUGUCUGUUCUCGACUAUACAGGCCAACUCUGCUGCCCAUUGUAAUCGCUCUCGACCAUUCAUCACGCGCGUGUACUGCCCAGAGAGCUUUCCCUCUCUAUCUCUUUGGGUUGGGUGAUUUUUCGCAUUGUUUUCUUCUCUCUUGCUCUAUUCCGAGACAAGAGUGUAUUAUUGUUUGUUCGUCGGUGGUCGAGGUAAUUUCUGAUUGGAUGGAGCUUGCGAUUCGUUUUGUUUGAGUUACGAGGGGACGAUUUUUCGAGUCGUUGAAAUAAAUAGUGCUUGCUGCUCGCCUAGACGAAUCGGAAGAUUUGGGAAAUCUCGUCGAAUGGAUGUGGGAUCGCGAGAGGAAUAUUUUUGUAUAAAUUACGCCUGAACAAAGCUGAGCGACCUCGUUAUAGCGUAUCACAUCGAUUAAGUACAAAACAAGCUUGGAGAGCGAUUUGCUGCGUCGAGUCGCGGAGUACAAUACUGGCAAGGACACUAUCUACUAUAGCAAAAAUAAACGAUGAAGGCUCUGGCCAGUAACUGGGCCGUCAUGGCAACGGUGCUGAUAAACUUUUGGCUGUUCGUGGGACCGGCAUCGGCAGGCAGUUGCGGCGCGGCUAAGCUUUGCUGCCAGGGCCGCGACUCUGGCUGCGUCAUACAAAAAGCUUCACCGAAUGCCAUAAUCGAGAGCCCACGGGAUAAGCCGUGCUACUGCGAUCACGCCUGUCUCAGGCUGGGAGAUUGCUGCGACGACUUCAACGAGACUUGUGCAGUUACGGACUGCAGCGUCAGCGAGUGGAGCGAGUGGUCGGAGUGCGACAACAUGUGCGGCCUGGGGCUGCAGACAAGGCGUCGCCACGUUGUCCGAGCAGAACGUAACGGCGGCAAAGCAUGUCCCACGAGCCUCGAGCAGACCCUGACCUGUCAGAACUACGGCUCCUGCCGACGACGCGCUCGUCACUUUCAGGUGGAAGAGCUCGGCCCGGAGGCAGCGGCAAACCUCUCCUCCUUCACGACGGACAGCAGCGAGGCAACUUUGGACUCGAACUUCGUUCCGCAAAUUACCAGGGGGUACUGCACGGCCUUCACAAUACUGAAGAUCUCCCGAGGCUGCCGGAGAAAAAUGGAAUCGUUUCACGAAGGUUCUCGCGUGUGCGUCUGGUGUCGGGAGGCAAACCCAACGAGGUCGAUCUCCUCGUGCCAGCUGGACAGUCCGAGCUUUUCGGGCAUCGGCAGGUGGGAACUGAUGAACUCGCUCGACGGCCUGAAACACUGCCACGGCAAGUGGAUAGCCGCGAGUCUCGAGUGCGGCGAGGAAGUCUGUAAGGGCAGACCGAAACUAGGCCUCCUGUGAGCCCACGACUGAUGUGUACAAGUGCGAAGUGUGUCUGUGUGUGUGUGUGUGUAUGUGUGUGUGUGUGUGUUCGUGUGCGCGAGGACUUGGUGAGAGCCGAUACAUUGCGCGGGGACUAUACUCUGCGCGCGAUGAGCGACGUAUAUAUUAUAUAUAUAUAUUUGAGAGAGAUGCGUAAAGCGUGGCGCAGGAAUGUAUAACGAGAUAUAUGAGGAUUAUUGAUAUUUGUCAAUAAAUGGUCGAACGUUUUUAACAGA